CAGAUUCUCCUUUAGUUUAUGAGAGCCUUUAUGGCUUUUAGUCUUUCACAUUUUCGGGGUCUUCUUGCUUCAAGUUCAAGCUUUCUUUGUCGCUCUGCAACCUCUCAAGUCUUCUUCCCCUGUUUCUAACUUUUCAUUUCUUCAUUCCAGAUCUGUAUUCGUCCUAUUUCUCAUUGAAUUACCUAUAUUAACAGGAAUUUGGCGGAAGAAGUGGAAUUCGAUGGAUUCAUCUUCAAGCCAACCGGAAUUUGAUUAUUUGUUUAAGUUGCUGUUGAUUGGAGACUCUGGAGUUGGAAAGAGUAGUCUUCUUUUGAGUUUCACAUCAGAUACUUUCGAAGAUCUUUCACCGACAAUCGGUGUGGAUUUCAAGGUAAAGUUGGUUACUCUUGGGGGUAAAAAGUUGAAGCUUGCUAUCUGGGACACAGCUGGGCAGGAGAGGUUCAGAACAUUAACAAGCUCAUACUACAGAGGAGCACAAGGAAUCAUCAUGGUUUAUGAUGUCACACGGCGAGAAACAUUCACAAACCUCUCUGAUGUAUGGGCCAAAGAAAUUGACCUCUACUCAACAAACCAAGAUUGCAUCAAGAUGUUGGUGGGAAACAAAGUGGAUAAGGAAAGUGAAAGGGUUGUCACCAAGAAAGAGGGUGUUGACUUUGCUAGGGAGUAUGGAUGCCUUUUUCUUGAAUGUAGUGCUAAAACACGAGUUAAUGUCGAGCAAUGUUUUGAGGAGCUUGUCUUAAAGAUAUUGGACACACCCAGUCUCUUGGCUGAAGGCUCAGCAGGUGUGAAAAAGAACAUCUUUAAACAGAAGCCUCCUCCGCAAGCUGAUGCAUCAACUAGUGGCUGUUGCUAAGUUGUUUGUCAUGUCAGGUUCCUCUGAUUGUCCUAUGUAAUACAUGCUUGACAGAAAACUGUAAAUUCAGCCUCAAAUAGUGAUUAUGUUUCUUAUUCUUCCCCUUAUAAAAGAUCUCCUGUUUGGCUGUUUGUCAUCA